GGUCCAUGUGCCUAUUUGUAUGCAUCUAAAGCGCUGAAAUUAGUUCCGUCGACUACAGAUCUGCAACUGCUAUAUCAAAAUUCUUUCAUGUUGCACCCAUUUCAAUCAUAUAUCCUCCUUUUUACAUUAAUUUCAAGCGAUGCCGAUGUUGCAGUACGCAAAAAUUACAUCAUAUUCUAACCCAUAGUUGAAGGAAAGCAAUGCUUCUCAAGGAUUGAAAAGGAAAUGUUUUCGAACAUCAUAGCUGAAUGAUUACCACUCCGUCAUAUUCAAGAGAUUCCAGCUCUCUAAUAAAAAGAAGUGAUGGCUCAUGAAGUAACAUCUAAUUCUCUACCAGAAAGAGAAACUCUAACAAAUGAAAUAUUACUAGCAGCUUUAAAACAGAAGCUCAAAGACCCAACAAUUCCACGUUUAACUUGGCAACUUCCAUCACAUCAUUCAGAAUCUGAAAGCGAGGAUUCAGAAUGUAACAGUGACUCCAGUGCCACAUUUUGUUCAGAUUUUGAGAAAGGCAAUGAUAAGGGACACAAGGCUUUGAUCCUCAUGUCACGGGGUAACAAUCCACCAGAAAAUCAAGAAGCCAUUAACAAGCAGGAUAAAAUUCAAGCCAUUAUGGGAGCUAGUUCAAUGACAGAAACUGACAGAAUGCAGGUGAAGGAUGGUCAAAUGAUGAUUUAUAAUGCAAUGGGAAAAAAUAAUGAUAAUUCUAUAAGUAUGGAAGAUGCCAAAUGUCCCUGUCCUAGUUCUCCAGUCAUUCAUGAAAUCAAUACGAACUGGAGCCAUUUAAUUGAGCCAAUUUUUAGUAAUGAUGACACAAAUACUACAUUUCUGACAACUGCAGGCACAGAAAAUAAUGAAAAUAUAUGCGUCAAUACAAGCAGUGAACCUGUUGCUCUGACUAACUUAACCUAUAAAAAUCCAAUAUCUGAUGUGACAUCAGUCAGCAAUGUGCAAGUCAAUCCAAUGGAGAUUCAAUCUGACUCUAUGAUGUCUAAAGCUGCUUCAGCGGCCAUGUCAGCUGACAUAUUUGCAAAUUUAAGUCCAGCCAUGGAACACGGUGGCAGUGACUGCAAGACCAGUCCUAAUGAUUUUGAACAAGAUGGAGUUAUAAACAAAAAUAUGCAACUAUCAAUAGAAGAUGAAAUUAUAGAAAUUGGAAAAUCAUUUUCCCACACUCUGAAUAUUGUAUCAACAGAUAGCACAAGUGAAUCCUCACCUGAUAAUAUACUACCCCAUUGUAAAAACAACCACAAAUAUAAAAAUAAAGGACAAAAUAAAGUGUACAACAAAUAUGAAGGAGAAAGGUUUAAAUCUCAGUUUCUCCUUCCUGAUACUACAGGAAAUAUACAAGACGGUGAAAGCAAAACUAAAGCGAUUCGUGCAAAAGAGUUUGACUCUCAUGCAAGAAGAAACAGACGAGGGAAUUUCCCAAAGGCUAGAGAGUUUCAUAAUCGUUGCCAAAAGAACAAUAAUCAAGACAAUCAUAAAUCAGAAAGAACGGAAGAAAGAAUUCACAGAUUUAGAAAGGAGACAGUUUGUAUGCUUUCAGAGAGAAAGAAGCACAAAAUCUGUCCAAGCGUAGGCCGUCGUAUAACAAGGAUGCAAACAGGAUCCUUACCUACUCCUCUGUCUAGUACACACAGAAAGACAUUUUCUAGAAGACCACAUUCAAUGAAUACAAAAUAUCGUAUCCGGGAUCGAAUGUCAGACAUCCAGCAGGAGGUACGGGCAUGGUUACAAGGUUGGGGACCAUCUGUGGACAAAGCACGGGCCCAUAAACUAAUAGCAGAAGUGCAAGAAACACACAAAAAAGUUUUAUCUUCAUCACAGUCUAAUGACUGUGGGAAUUUAAAGCAAUAUGAAGUAGAGGAGUUUUCGCAGGUUUCUGAAAAGUUGGUGUCUCAACUGCAGUCAGCUUUGAUGGAGUCUGAUACACAGGAGCAAGGCACUACAAAUUUGACCUUGGAAUGUCAUGCCUGCUGUUCUGAAUGUUCAAACACCGAAAGCGAUGCCAACAUUGAGAUGUACGGCCAAGGUGGCAAUUAUUCUGAAAUAAUAGGAUUGAAAAAUGCCUCCAUGGUACCUCUUCAAAGAAUCCAGCAAAGAGAAUUGACUCAAGAAAUGGCAUUGCCAGACGAUGAUGAAACUGUUAGAGAACAUCCAGCUUCUGUAAGAUCAAAUUCAGAAAAAUUCAGUUCAGAAUCACUAGAAAUAGCAAAUAGUAAGGAUUCAGCAUCUCACUGUUUAUGGAAGCACAGUGGCACCUCUUUGGAAGCCACGUGCUCCAAUUUACACAAUCUGCUUUGCAGUUAUGAAAGAACUCCAGAAAUAAGAGAUUCAUUAGAAACAAUGAAUCACGGCGAACAAGAACAAAUUAAGUCCAUGCUUUCAAGACGAGACCCACGGUUACGAUCAGCCUCGUACGCUAAUCUUCUGUUUGGGACCAAAACCAGUCUUACCAAUUACACAUGUGAAACAGAUACACAAUCAACUUACUUUUCUAGUGACCCGAGAUCUUCAAAGCAGACAGAAAUUGUUUCACAUGCUACAGAUCUUGCCAAGUUUACGGUACAAAUGAAUAAACCUGCAGACAGUACAUCAGUCAACAUUAAUUCUAAUAACACAAACCACACGCAAUCAGCACACACAUCUAAUAAUCAGAGCAUUUCAGCCAUAAGACAGAAUAAAAAGGGAUCAAACAUAAAUUCAAAACAAGGAAAAUCAAACAGUGAAUACACUGCAUCUGUGAACGAGAAUAUAAACGAAUUACCAAAAAAUUCAUAUUCUCAAAGCAUCUUGAAUCUAACCAAAACAAGUGACUUACCUCAUCUCUCAGGCUCGAAGUGUACGUACAGUUCAGGUACAAGUAAAGAACAAGCCACAAAUUUAAGUGCAACAUCAGGGGAAAAACUGAUAAUGAAUUUUCAAUCCAGGGAAAACCCACCUGAUGAGCACAGAAAUCAAAAUGUGAGAGAGACAGAAAGUUCAACUUUCAUGAAAAAUUAUGAUGAAACAAUUGCAGCUAACAUAAAUAUUAAAAAACGUACAGAAACACCUCACAGUUCCAUUAAGACCAAAACCAAACAUAGAGUUGAAUCAAGAACUAAAUUAAUGUCCAAUGAAAAUAGCCAACCAGAGGAAAAUGUGACACAACCAUCAGUAAAAAGCAGAAAAGAAAAGCAGAUGGAAAAUUUGCAGCAAUUAUUAUGUGAACGUCAACAGUUCACAGCUGAAUCACACAGUUCAGACAACGCUGGUCCAACUCAAAACCUGCUGACACAAUCAGAAGAGUUAUCAUUUAUUUUUGGUAUCAAAAAAAUAUGGUCACAUUCUGCAUCAGAGUUUAUUCCAAAUUAUCAGCUUCCUGAAGGCUUCUGGACAGACAAUGCUACUCCUGUUCCAAACGAUUUGUUACAAGCAGCGGAAAACUGGUAAAACCUAAAAAUAAAUCAUAUGCUAUAUAGUGUUGUAUAACAUCUGUUAAUUGUAAAAUAUGUAAUUCUAUCAUCAUUUCUUAGUUCAUUUCGUUGUCUAUCUUAUAAAAAUACAUCAGUCAACAUUUUAUUCUCAUCAGUUCUCAUUAUUACGCAUUGUAAUUGCUUACACUGUAAUAUCAACAUGUUUCGUGGUACAGGCGUAUCACCAUUGUAAAUCCAUGAUAAUAUGGGCUUAUUGUGUUGUUUUGCAAAAUAAAUUCUUUCUAUUUCA